AUGGGGACGCAGGGACAUCAAGAAGCGAACGUUAGUGAUGAAGCCAAAUCUGACAAGGCCAUCAACGAUCUACCCCCAAAGACCCAGCUGAAUAUAAAUUCUAUUGGCCUCCUGGAAAACAUAUCCACCCAAAUACUUAAGCUUCUCACGACAAAUAGCACUGAGACUCUCAUCCAUCUCACCAUAUCUGGCGGUGAUACUUUCGAAGGUGAGGUCUUCGAAACGCUUCUGACUCUUUUCAAGCAAGUAAAAAACGUUUACUCAAAGCAACCACUGCUGAAAGUCCGGGAUAUAGCGCCCGGAUUAUGGUACGAAAAUGAGCAGUGCCCUUAUAUUUUGAAAUCUCAGGAAAAUCACAUUCUAGCUGCAAUACGAAAGGCUAACAUCGUCAUAUAUCUAUUGUCCAUUAUGGGUCGGCUGCAGUAUGGCUUUUCUUUCCUAGACGAUAAUUUCAUGGAUAUUUUUUGUCCAGAAGCCAAAGAGCUACCAUUUGAAGACGACCGAGUACUAGCAACAUCAUUGGGUCGUUUAUUGAAGCCACAGGCAGUUUUGUAUCUUAAUUUGAAAACACAGGCAUAUAUUUCAGCCAUGGAACCUUGGAAAGAGGAAAGCGAUACUGCUAAAUUAUCGCAAAUCAAACAAGAAACAUUGGAUAUGGUGUUUACUCCGAAUAUGAGGGAGUUUUUAGUGGCCAAAAAACGUUUUCAUAGUAACAAACUGAGUCCCUCCGAAGAAGAUUUUGUCAAGAGGUGCGCCCAUCGCAGAGACAAACUAUGCGCAUACGCGUCACUCGAUCAACUUAUCUCUGAAUAUGACUGGCUUGAGUUCUUCAAAGAGAUUUUUCUCUAUGUGCAACGAAACAUAGGUUUACUCGUCUGGGGGAGAAAAACUCCAGGUUCUGGUGUAGAAAGCUGGGAUAUAAGGAGCAAUUCCCCAAGUAGUAUAAUUACAUGGUCUUCAACCUUGAGUCAAGGAAGUUCGACGUCUGAGCACUGUUUAGACGCUCGCAAGUCUUCUUCUAACGAGAGGCUCUCGCCCGCUGCAGCUCGAGAAACGCCAAUCGAGAGAAAACCGAAGCAGAAACGAUUAUGGACAAAAGAAGAAGAAACUGCUCUCAUAGAUGCUCUUAAAAUUUACGGUCCUUCCUGGUCCAAAAUCUUAGAAUUACACGGUGCAGGAGGAAGUCUUUCUGAGUCGCUGAAAAGGCGGACACAAGUACAGUUAAAGGACAAAGCUCGAAACUGGAAGAUGUAUUUUCUGAAAGGUGGACUGGUAGUGCCAGAAUACCUGACGAAGGUGACUGGAGAUCUCGAGAGAGAUGAAAAAUCCAAACUAAAAUCUAAAAACAAGGUAGAAAAGAAACAUAUACCGACGCCAAAAAUGCUGAAGCUCGAGACCGACUCCGCAUCUUUGCAAAAUAAUCAGGAGAUGCAAAGGGUGGCCACGAUGAUUGUUGCAGGUUCAGGAAAAUCCCGAUCAUCUCAAGACUUUGCGACUCCGAGCCGAGAUGUCUUGGAUUCUGGACCAGACACUUGA